AAAUAUAAAUAAAUAAAAUAAGGAGGAACAUAAAUGAACUAAUGAAUUGAAGCCAAAAUCUUGUUGAUGAAAAUGGUGUGAAUUGAAAAGCAUAAAAAGAAAAAAUUUUAAAAAAAAUAAUAAUUUCUUAUUCUCUCGCUUCUCAAACACUCCCAUUGUUGGUCUUAGUAGUAGCAGCAGUAUCAGUUUUCUUCUUCCAUUCUUCAAAUUCCAUUGCCAAUCUCAAAAGCUAAGAAAAGUAGAAAACUUUUUUAUUCUCUGUUUAAGCAAUGGGAGUUCGUUGCUCCAAACUAUCGCUUUGCUGCUGCUGCCCGUCAAACAUCAACGACUCCUCCACUCUCGAGAAUGAGAAGGAAUCCUUACCUGGAUUCAUCGAGUACAGCUUGGACCAAUUAAAAGCCGCCACGUCCGGCUUCUGUACCGAAAACAUUGUAUCGGAGCAUGGGGAGAAAGCUCCCAAUGUAGUCUACCGAGGGAAGCUCGACGGCGAGGAUCAUUUGGUCGCCGUUAAACGCUUCAAUAGAUGCGCUUGGCCUGAUCCUCGACAGUUCCUUGAAGAAGCGAAAGCAGUUGGCCAAUUAAGAAGCGAGAGGCUGGCGAAUUUGAUUGGUUGUUGCUGUGAAGGAAAUGAAAGAUUGUUGGUUGCUGAGUUUAUGCCUAAUGAGACUCUCUCUAAGCAUCUUUUUCACUGGGAAAAUCAGCAUAUGAAAUGGGCAAUGAGAUUGAGAGUGGCUCUAUUUCUAGCGCAAGCGCUAGAAUAUUGCAGUUGUAGGGGAAGGGCUUUAUACCAUGACCUUAAUGCUUAUAGAAUCUUGUUUGAUCAGGACGGUAAUCCCAGGCUCUCGAGCUUUGGCCUUAUGAAGAAUAGCAGAGAUGGAAAAAGUUAUAGUACAAACUUGGCUUUCGCCCCUCCAGAGUACCUAAGGACCGGAAGGGUUAUACCAGAGAGUGUAGUUUACAGCUUCGGUACCCUAUUACUUGAUCUUCUUAGUGGCAAGCAUAUACCACCGAGCCAUGCAGUUGACCUAAUACGUGGUAAGAAUUUUCUGAUGCUAAUGGACUCGUGUCUGGAGGGCCAAUUUUCAAAUGAUGAUGGGACUGAAAUAGUCCGGUUAGCUUCUCGCUGUUUGCAGUAUGAACCUCGUGAGAGGCCAAAUAUGAAGUCUCUUGUAACUGCUCUUACUCCGCUUCAGAAGGAAACUGAGGUUCCAUCACAUGUUUUGAUGGGCAUUUCACAUGAAACAACGUCCUUGAAGCAUACAAUGUCACUAACACCUCUGGGAGAAGCAUGCUCAAGAAUGGAUCUUACUGCAAUACACGAAAUACUGGAAGAGAUCGGAUAUAAAGAUGACGAGGGAACUGCAAAUGAGCUUUCUUUCCAAAUGUGGACAGAUAAAAUACAGGAGACUCUAAAUUCGAAAAAAAGUGGCGAUACUGCCUUCCGAGCAAAAGACUUUGGAAUAGCCAUCGAAUGUUACACUCAUUUCAUUGAUAGCGAGACAAUGGUAUCGCCAACCGUGUUAGCAAGACGGUGCUUGUGCUACAUGAUGAAUGAUAUGCCACAAGAAGCCCUUGGAGAUGCCAUGCAAGCACAGGUAAUAUCUCCGGAGUGGCCCGCAGCAUUCUAUCUCCAAGCAGCUGCUCUGUUUAGCCUUGGGAUGGACAAUGAUGCCAACGAAACCCUAAAAGAUGGUACAAACUUGGAAGCCAAAAAUCAUAGAAACUGAAACUGUAUAAAAUAUCCUUAUAUCUUCCUGUCUUAUGUCACUCUUUUGCAUUUUUUUUGCCGAUUUGGUUAAAGAUUGGAGCAAUGUAAUUGAGAUUAUUUGCAGUUAACAAGCAAGUUUGAUGUGUUAUUUAUCAAAAAGCAAUGGUGUUUUUAUGGAUGAAA